UUGUACUUGGCAGAAGAGACGCGCACGUUUACAGGUGAAAACCGAGGUCAAUGCAAACUCCGAACAGCCACCUGCAAGCAGACACACAUAAGUCUACUAAAAUCCAACUACAAGGAAAAGAAUUGAGGCGCACACUCUUUCAGACUCGACAAGGACUGGAGCUCUGAGAGGGGUUUACAGAGGGACAAAUGGAGACUGAGCCCUUGAAUAAAGUAUCCCUCAUUAAAGAUGAGCUGCAUCAGACCGGUGUGGAGUCGACAGACACGGAGAAGGUCAUCAAACACCUGACCAAGGAGCUGCAGGAGGCUCAGGCUAAAGCCAACACCGACAAGCAGAAAUGCUUAGAGUUGCAAGGUAAGCUGGAGGAGGAGAGGAAGGCUGGGAAAACGCAGUCGGAUCAGUCCACCAAGCAGGUUAAGGUCCUGCAGUCCCAGCUGCAGAACAUGCAGGAGGACAUGGAGACGCUUCGCGAGCAGCGGGACAGCGCCCUCUUCAGCAUGCGGCAGGAGGUGCGCACUGCCCAGGAGGAGGCCCAGGGCCUGCGCAAGACCCUGGAGACGACCGGUGCCCAGCGCGAACGCGAGAUCUCCAGCCUCAAGGGCAACCUGGAGACCGUCUCCACUGAGCUGGACAGAUGGCGGCAGGCGGCCUCCAAGUACGAGAAGGAGAUGAACAGCCUGCAGGCCAGCCACCAGCAGCAGAGCCAGCAGCGGGACAAGCAAGCCAAGCAGCAAGCUGGCGAGCUGGAGAAGUUUCAGCGGGAGUGUGCGUCGCUGCGCUCUGAGAAGCAGCAGGCAGCUGAUCAGCACCAGAAGAAACAGCAGCAGCUGGAGAAGGACCUGGACAGUGCGAAGAAGGAGACCGCCAGCCUGAGUGGCAGCCUGAAGGCGCUGCAGAAGAGCCAUGCGGACACGGAGCAGAGGCUGGCGGCCCUGCAGGACGAGCACCAGAGGGACACCGGCCGCCUGGAGACACAGCUGGAGCAGAGCAACAGCCGCACCAAGGAGCUGCAGAUGGAGUACGAGGUGACCCAGUCGGAGCUGUUGGAGCUGAGGGAGAAGAGUGAGCGGCUGGAGCAGGAGAAGGUGGCCGCGGUGGAGGAGCUGCUGCAGUGCCAAGAGAGCCUCAAGGCCCUACAGGAGAAGGGCAGCCAGGGCAAGUGGAUGUUGUGGGCGCCGGUGGCAGCAGCGGUGCUGGCGACGGUGACGCUGGUGGCAGUGGUCAAGAUCGCCUCCUGAGCCCUCAAGUCAUUACGUUGGCGUGGCGUGCUGCUUGUACCCAAAAUGUACACUUGUUACCCCCCUCCCCCUCCCCUCCCUCUCCCCUCCCCCUCCUCUGGCUGCCUGCCGUACCCUGUCUGUCCCCUCAACCUGCCUCAGACCUCACUCUAGAAACACACACACACACACACACACACACACGCACACAAACCGAUACAUGAACACACACAGAUACUUGUACACACACACACACACACACACACACACACACACACACACACACACACACACACACACACACACACACACACACACACACAGAUAUACAAAUAGACACACACAAAUAGAACCGCGCACACACUCAAAUGCAAAUAUCUUUCCAACUUACACAGUUGACAAAAGGCCUUAUAUUGAAAUGACAAUAAAUAUUGUAAAAAGUAUCAGAUUUAAGAGAUGGAUUAACAGUAUUUAAUCACCCUGUGACGUGCGCGUUCCUUGUCGUUCACCGAGUUGCAAGGAGGGCUUGCUCUUGUUCUCAUUGUUGUUUAUUUUUCCCAGAUAGUAUUUUUUUAAGAUCCAUAGAAGAUGGUGUGCUCAUCUCUGUGAAUUAUCCUAGCAUUUGUGGUGAUAAAAAUGCUUCGUGGCUCCGGCAGUGCUUUUGAUAAGACAUUAAAUAGUUGAAGAUCCCGUACAGCAAAUCCUACAAUUUAAAGCCUCUAAACUUUAAAAAGGGACAAAAAUAGACUGCUGAUGCCAUAUACAUUAACUGUUUGAAAAACCCACUCAAAUGGCAACCUAGUUGAUCAUAGCCUAAGUUUGAAUGUAUAGAAUGCGAGCACUUUAUACCAUGAAUUCAUUUUUUUGAUCAUCAGUUCUGUGCUUAAUGCUAUAAUCAUUGCAACUUUGACAUUUUUUCUCAGUGCAUUCCAACUCAUUAGCAUACAAUACAACACAGAUAAGUAAACUGUUGUGGUCAUUCAGAAGAUAUCGAGAGAUGUCUGUUAUUGUACACCUGUUAGUACGUGUUGUUGAGGUCUCUGUUGCAUAUUAAACACAUGGGGGUUUAACCUCUUUCAGUAUAAUCAUUUAAGUUCCAUAUGAGUAUACACUGCAUGAAGGAAUAUUCAUAUAUUCUAUGAAUACCUCUGUGUUUGUAUUACUUUCCCAUCUCCAUGAAGAGUGCUUUCCCCCUUUAUUUUGUCUUUAUUUUGUGCUAUGAGCAUAGCACAUCCUUUGAAGGCAGCUGAAAAGAAUAUGGUUGCAACUGAGGAAAGUUAAGUAAGAGUGACUGAUUAGUUAUUUGACAUUGUGUGUUCUAAAGAGUAUUAUAUUGGGUUUUGUUAAGGCUUUCUCAUCCUGUAAGUGCAAACAGUUUUACUUGAUGAAUAAAUGUAUUGACAUUAACUCACAACUAAAAUAUGGCAAUAAAAGUCAAUUCAUGUGA